AUGAAAAAUCAUUGGUUUUAUAUUAUAUAUUUUUAUUUAUUUUUGAACGUAUUUUCACGUUGUAAUGGAAUCCCAAAUAAAAGUAUACAAUCCUUGCCCUACGAUCAAAAUGAAAAUCGUAUAGGGGUAACUUUUAACAAUAAAGUAAUUCAAGGUAAACAUAAAAUUAAAAUUAAUGAUGGAUCAAAUAAUGAAGGAUAUGGAUUUUUGUCUUUAAAGACAGUUUCCAUAUUUAAUCGAUAUUAUAUCAUGAAAUUAGCUAAUGGUUUAUUCAAUAGAUCGAUGUUUUCAAAGGAUCAUUUUUAUCGUAAUGUAGCUUUAUACGAAUCAUUAUCUAGAACUAAUUAUUUUUUAUACCCUAUUGUUUUAAAUGAUAAAAAUCUUAAAAAAAUCAUGUCUUUAAUGAAUGCAGCACAUUCAUCAAAGAAAAAAUAUGAAACAUUUAAGAAACGAUUAAUAUCAACAUUUAAUUAUCCAAAUUUCGAAUUGGAUGAUGUUGUUAAAAAUGAAAUGGAUCAAGCCUUAUUAAUAUACAAUAAAACAAGAAAUGACUCAUAUUGGAGCGUAGUUGAUGCAUUGAAAUCCGAUGGAAUAUUAUUGGCUAAAACCUUUAUAUCAGCUUCGUUUGCCCACAGUGUUAGUGGUAUUGUUGGACUUGCAAAUCAUGAAUUGCUAAAUAUUUGCUUUUCUAAUGCUUAUUUUUUAAAUCAUAUUGCACCUUUAGAUAAAUUUGUAAUGAAAAAUACUUUUGGAUCAAUAAUAUCAUAUGUAUUUAAGUCAUAUCUUACGUUUUUUUAUCCUUUAAUUGUACCAUUCCGUGGAGCCUUUUCUUUUAUUUUAUCAUCAAUAUGUCUUAUGCAAUUUGGAAAAAUUGUUCAUAUGAUAUACAAAAACCUCAAAAAACUGUACAGAAUAUCACGAAGAAAAUUUUAUUAUGCAAUUUUGAAAGUAAACCUAUUAAGACAGCCACAAAUUCAUGUAUAUGCUAUGAAGCUUUUAUAUGGAGAUGCAUUAGUUUUAGUUUCAAAAAUUUGGAAGUUGUCUUAUGUCAAUGUUACCGAUCAUCUUAAAGGAGAUGAAAUGAGUCCAAUUUUAAAUAAUUUAUUUGAAAAAAAUCUGGGUACUGGUUUCUUUGAUUUCAGUGAAUCAUUAUUUAAAUAUGUUGUUAAAUCCCUAAACGAAAUGAAUAUAUUAACGAAUGAAAGAGCUAAUUUUGAAGACGAAAACGAAUUCAAAAAUGAAACAAUUAUAAAUGUUUUAUCAUUUCUUACAGUUACAAGAAGAGCACUUUACUACGAAGAAGCAUAUAUGAGAAUAGUUGUUGCACGAAUAUUAGCAAAAUUUUAUACAUUAAUUUUAGUUAAUAUAAAUGAAAUUAGUAAGAUACAUCCUAAAGAAUAUUUUAACACUGAUAUUGAAUCAACAUAUGCGAGUUUAUAUCAAAAACAGAUGCAUCAAACGAAUUUACAAAAAAUAUUUUCUGAUAUAACAACAAAACCGUUUAUUAAAAGAAAUUUAAGAAAAAUAAAUAGAGGUUCCAUUGAAUUUACAAUGUCGCUUCUCAAGAUAAGAUUAUUUCAUUACAAAUCUUCUUUGAAACAUCCAUAUUCAAGUUUUUAUUUUGAUGAAAAAUUGAAAAAACAUUUAAAUAAUGCUAUGAAAUUAAUUAUUUCUGGAUCUAAUAGUAUUAUUGGAGAUUUAGUUAAAUAUGGAGAAAGAUUUAAUAUUCUUAAAGAAUGUCCUAUUGAGAUUGCAACAAGAUUGGGUAGAAAAUGCAAUAAUGAUGAUUUUGAAAUUAAAAAAUUAUUAUUCCCUCUUAAUAUUUUUAUUAAUUUAUUAAUUCCUUUAUAUAUGCAACCUGAAGAUGUAUUAAUAAACGAUAAAAUAAUACCAGAUAUAUUGAAUUUUUUUCAAGUUAUGACAGACUCAAAAGAUUUAUAUUUAUAUAAAUAUUUAACAAGUGUUGUUGAUUUUAUUUUUAAAAAUGAAAACGUCGAAACUUCAAAUAUAGAUUAUCAUGCCGAAAUAAAUAAAAUAAUUAUAAAAGAAAUUCAUAAUGUAAUUGAGGAAGUGAAUAACGAAAAAAUUAAUUCUUUAAAAUUCCAUGCAUAUUCAAUUAAAAAAAAUGAUUUAUUCUUACAUAAUACAAAUGGAAAAUUAUUUAAAUUUACAUUUGAUAAAGAAAAUGAUAAACGAUAUUUUUCAAAUCUAUUAAAAAUAACUGAUUAUAGAGAUCCAUUGGAAUAUCAAUCACCAUAUGUUAAUUUUAAACCUUUAAUAAGUAAUAAUGGAACUUUAGCAAUACAAAAUUAUCAUAAAAAAUUUAAAGGGAAAAUAUAUACUUGUCAUAUGUGUUUGGAUGAGGAUGAUGAUAUUUUAGUUGUUAAUUUAAUUUAUCACGUUUUAUGGUCAUCAGGAUUAGAUAAAUUCAGCGCUUAUGUGUUCUCUUCAUUAAUCGGAGCAGUCAAGCAAAUGUAUCACAAAGCUUCACCAUGGAAUAAAGCUCUUAUUGAUAUGGUACCGACAGAAUUUUACCAUGUCCAUAGUAUUUUUAUGAAUAAAAAUUCACAAUUAAAAAAUAAAAGUCAAAAUGUAUUUAUAAAACGUAUUAGAUAUUAUGGAUUUCACUUUAAUAAAUAUACUUUUCAAAGCAUGUUUAAAUCACUUUUAAGCAAUAUUUUAGUUCGUGUAAAUUUUUUCGAUUUAGAACAAGCUGCUAGCAUGAUAUCAAUGUCUUUACUUUAUUCUAUUUAUACACAUAUUCAAAAAUAUGAAUUACCAUUAGAGGAAACAUUUAAAUUGCAACAACAAAAAAUCAUAGAAUCUUAUUACACUGUGGAUAAAUAUUCUCAAAAUUACGAAGCAUACACAAUUGAAAUGAUUAAUGAAGCUAAAAAAAACAAGAAAAUAAAUAUGGAAAAUAAUAAUACUAUAACUUCUGACAAUAACAGCAGCAAUAAUAAUAAUAGUUACGAUGAUGAUAGCGAUACCACUUCUAAUAAUUCAGAAGUAGAGGCAAUCAGUACCAAUGGCACCAAAGAAACUGAAGAAGAUGUAGAACUUUCUCUAGAUGAUGAACUUGUCAAAAAUACAAAAUACCUAAAAUUAGAAUUAGAAUCAAAAGAAGAUAUAAGGAAUAAAAUAAUAGAGGAACUAAUAGAAACAAAUGGAAAUUUGCCAAAUUAUGAAAUGUAUCCCAAUUUACCAGCACAAUGCUUCUUUUUAUUAUACUAUGAUUUUACACCAUUCAUACAAAACAAUUUAAUGGGUAUAGAGAAUGUUAUAAACACAUUAAAAAAUACCACACUUGGAAGGGAUCAUAUUAUUAAUUCUGAUAGAAUACAAAAUGAGACAACAUUAUUUGCAUCAAUUAAUCAAAAGGAUAUAAUAAAUAUUCUUUGUGGUACACACUUAUUUUUUAAAAAAGAAGAUGUUACAUUAAAUGAGAUGUUUAAAUAUGACAAUUCUGAUAUAGCUGUGAAUCAUUUAUUAAUAUAUUUAGCAUUAUUGAGAAUUGAAAAAAAAUAUAAUCAUCUUUCAUGGAAAAGAUAUUUAAUAUUAGAAAAAUAUCUAGACCGAAGAAGAAAAUUUUAUAAAACUCCAUUAAAAUAUCUUCGAUUAAAAAUAUUAAAUUAUAAAAGAACGUUAGCUCGUCUUAGAAGAAAAACACAAAAAUAUAUGGGAAUGAUGCUUAAAAAAAAAAAUGUAUUCAAACCGUUAACAGCUCAAGCAAAUUUUGAAUUAAUGCAAAAUGCUGAAAUAUAUAAUAAAAGAUAUCCUUUGAUAUAUAUUAGAUUUGAAGAUAUUUUAACACAUUCUAAUGUCUUUCAUAAAUUCAAAUAUACAUUACUUAAAUAUGUUUCUGAUAAAGAAACUAUUAGAAAUAUGAUUAAUAAUUUCAAACUUGCUCCCGAUACAUCUUUGAACAAUAACAACCUUUUAAAGAGAAUUUUUAAAAUUUUUAAUUUAAUAAUUUAUCAUAAAUUUAAUAUAGAUUUGCGUGAUAUUGGUAACAAACAACAAUAUAUUAAGUCAGAUUUUGUUAAUAUGAAUAAAACUAAAUAUAUAUUGAACUUUAUAAAAUUGCCUCUAGAAGUUGAAAAUUAUUUGAAUCAAUUAAUAGGAUUUUUAAAACUCUUAACUGAUAUGAAGUUUACAAACUUUUUAUUUUUGAAAAAUUUUUAUAUAUUUAUUAAACUUUAUAUAGUAACAGGAGAUUUUGAAUUUGCAUCUAAAGAUUCAGUUAUAUAUAUAGCCAGCAAAAAUUACUUAAAUUUUAUUCUAAAUUCAAUGUUAGAAUUUGAAAAUUUCAAAGCGCUUUUUAAAAGCCUUAAUAAUAUUAAUCUUAAUAUAAGAAAAUAUCCUUUAAAUUAUUUGAAUUUUAAAGCUAAAUGUUAUACUAUUGAUGGACAUAACACUUAUGACAUAAUUAUAAAUGAUCACGAUAAAGCAGAACAAAUAUUUAAAAUUAUGAAUUAUGAUAUAGACAGCUUUUAUAAAGAUUAUUUAUUAAUAGAUUUACUUUAUGAUGAUAUUAAAUUUGUAGAUAUAAGCCCAUAUUAUGAAACAAUUGAAGAUGGAAAACUAAGUCGUAUGAGGAAUAAACUAAGUAAAUUAAUUCCUGGGGCCAAAAAUGCUUCUCAAUUUUUAGCCUUUGAUGAUAUAAAGAUGUUAAAUGAUUCGUUACAAAAUUUUGCAUAUUUAGAAAAAUUUUUAGAAAAUACAAACAUUCCCUUAAUUCCGUUUAGUGAUUUUUCUUAUUCUGUCGAUGGCGAUAAUGUCAGGGUGUAUUUUAAAACAAAAGCCACAUCUGCACCUUUUUAUAAAGAAAAUAUUUUAGAUUUAUUUAAACAUGUAGGAAAAUCAUUUGUUAGUAAUUAUGAUCAAAAAGUUAAAUGUUCUUUUGUCAAUUAUCCUUUUAAUUUAUAUUACUGGUUAAUUCUAAAUCCUGAAAAACCAAAUGUUGAAACUAUCAAUAAAACAGGGUUAAUAAAAGAGGAAGAUUUACUACCUCAAUCAGAUGAACAGAAAGAGAAAACAGAAUUACUCAGUGAUGAAAAUCUUGUUAAAGAUAUAUUAUUUAAUCAAAUUAUAAAUAAAGUUGAUAAUAAAAAUGAUGAUAAUUUAUCAAGCGCAUCAACAUCAAUAAAAAGUUUUAAAUAUGGAACCGAUUCCGAUUCAGAAUCCGAAUACGAUUUAGAAUAUGAAAAUACUAGUAAUUCUAAACCAUCUGAUAAUCUAACCCGUUCAGAUAAAACUAACAUUAUAAAACCAAAUUUAAAUACACAAGAAGAUUCAUCGAAUGAAUCUUAUUUAAGUGCACAAGACACACGUGAUAGUGAAACUGAAAGUUUAUAUGAGGAUUCAAUUUCAGUUGCUAAUUCAGAUUCCAUUAUUCCCCCAUCCACCAAACAAUUUUAUUCUACACCAAAUGAUGCAGUACCACUUAUCAAUACAAAUGAGGACAAUGACCAAUCGAAUAAUAAUGGUGAAAAUGAUGAAAAAGAUAAGUUAUUACAUCAAGAACAUAAUAAUGAUAAUAUUGCCAACUAUGAUAACGAAAACACAAGUCAAAUUAACAACUUAAAUGAAACAGAAACCAAUAAUCCAACUAGUUUCAUUCAAAAAAGUAAAACAGGACCAUUCGUUUUCGAUUCAAUUAUGAUAUCUGAAAAAAUAAAUACAACUACUCAAGACAAAUAUGGAAAUUUUGGUAGACCUUAUAAUAUAUAUAUUCCUAAAAAAGACAUAUUAAGAAAUUUCCAUUUAGUAAUUAAAGUAGUACAUAGUUUAAUUUCAUUAAAUAAAUUUUCUAUUGUCAAUCCAAAAAAUAUUCUUAAAAAAGGUAUAAAGAUACUUACAAAUGAUAAUGAUUUUAUAAAAAGCCAAAAAUUGAACCCACUUAUUAAUACUAUGUUACUUGAUAUAAAUGAUAUUAUACAAAAAUUAAAAUUGACUACUGAAAAACAAUAUAAUGUGUCCAAUGCUGAUAUAUUAGAUAUAUAUAAUGUAAUCGAAUUUAGUUUAUUUAAUAAAUAUAUUAUUUAUCCUCCUUUGAAAAGAUUAAAUAAAAAUGAACUUAAUUAUAUUUUAAAUGUUAUAGAUCAAGGAUAUUUUUAUCAUUUCAUGAAAAUUGUAUCGAAAUUAAAAGGUGUAAAUAUUGAUCAAAGGAAAGUUAGAAAUAAAAUAAUUAGUAUUCAGGAAUAUGUACCUUUAUUAGAAGAAAGUAAUAUAGAUGAUUUUUAUCAAAUUAUUAUAGAUUCUCUAAGAUGUGAAAAUAUUAAAUGUUUUAAUUUUCUUUUCAAUGAUUUUAUUAUGAGAAUGUAUAAUAAUAAUGUUUUAAGAGUAGUGAAUAAUUACGAUAUUAUUACACCUAUGAAAGAUAUAGUUAAUGAUCAAUUUGGACAUAUAGAUGAUAUUCUUGUUAAAGUUACAAAUUCAUAUACAUUAUAUAAAAAAAAUGAUAACCCAUUUAUUAAAAUGUAUUUAGAUGAACAUUCAAAUUCUAAUUCUAAAUUAAAUUAUACAGAAUUAUUAUUUGGUGCAUUAAAUGUAUCACAACAAAUGGAUAAAUGGCUUUCAUUAUAUACAUUAUUUAAUAUAAGACAUAUAUAUUUGAAUGUUGGAUAUAUGCUAGUUGGUAUGAAAUAUAUCAUUAAAAGAAAAUAUAGAAUGUUCGCACAUAAAUAUAUGUUUUUCAAGUGGUUAAGAAUAUCAAAAAAACAACAAUUAUACAUUCCAUAA